AUGAUAGCCCCGUAUCGCCAUGUAGAUCGGCCACCAGCAGAGGUGAAUCCCGAGCCGCAGUCGCAAUCUCCUGACACCAACGCAAAUGCCUCGGAGCCAUCCAUCCCGCAUCGCCCACGGCCAGCUAGACCAAGGCAGGUCGUUCAGAAACCCGUGCCAGCGCUGCAGCAGACCAACCCACGAGAAUUUCAGCUCGGUCAGGUGCUCAAGCGCUUCUCGCCUCGACGUGAGGAUACCGAGAAUGGCACGAUAUUGACAUUCAAGCUGGAGCCAUCGGAUCCGGAUUUUCCCUUCGAGCUCAAGGGUGGCCUGCAAUGCACUUUGACGGUGCCGGGGGAGUAUCCCCGCUCUGGGGUAGGUCUGGUCCUCAGGAUCGGCAAUAGAGAAAUGCCUAGAGGAUAUCAAAUCAAUGUGGAACAAGGUUUUGCAUCGCUUGUUCAGCGGUCACCCAAGAAGACACUGUUGGCGCUAUUGAAUGACCUGGAUCGCAAUCUGGAGCAGUUCCUUACCACCGAAAAAGCCCAGACGCUGAAAAUCUCGGCAAAUGCACCUGCACGGCCAACGGCUGUCGAGGCUGAGGCGGCUCAGGGGCACAGGGAACCUGCCGAUCCUCCGCCUAGCAGACCUGCCCCGCUACCGCUACCGCUACCAGUCUAUACUGUGCAGCAGAAGACAGCCGCCCGCUCAAAGCGAGAGGCUGAUGUGCGGCAGUUGGAGGCGCGCAUGAGCCGCCUGCCACUUUACAGUAAGUCACAGGAUGGCACGAUUUACACCAUCCCAAUUCAGGUUCCGAAGGCAUCUCGACUACCAGUCAGCCUACAGGCGGUGAAAGAGGCGGUGCUCUUCGUACCUCCACUGUACAACCUUGAGCCUUGCACAGUCCACAUCAAAGGUGUGGAAAGCCAGGAGUCGCAGAAUGUGGAGAUAGCAUUUGAGAAGCAUGCAAGGGCGCAGUCGGGGAUGACGUUGAUGGCACAUGUCAACUACUUGGCUGUGAACAUGCAUACGAUGGCUACUGAAGCUGUCGUAGUCCCCGAUACUAAGCCGGUGGAGAAGCCCACACCAGCUCCAGCCCCAACGACGAUCGAGUCUCGGGAGCAUGAAACAGAGCAGCUUUUGGACUCGGAGCGUCCACAUCUCAAGGUCAUUCCUCGCCCGCCCGAGUGGGACCAACCUGAUGGCGAGUCUGAUGAAUCAUCGAGCGAGGAGUAUACCGACAGCGAGGACUACAGCGAGUCCGAAGAGGGCGAGACUGAAGGCGGAGCCACGCUACCAGCAACAAAUACCACCUCAACAUCUGACAAGGGCAUCGCCAUUUCCUUCCCAGACAUCGAGCUCUACGGCAUCGAGCUGUUCGAGAUCACCUCCCUCGCCUUGACGCUCAAAUGCGACCGCUGCAAGACCAACAUCGACAUGGCGAACCUCAAGCCGAGCAGCAACACAACCCUCACGGUCACGCAAGUCUGCCCCAAAUGCGCCUACGAGGUCGCGGCCUCCUUCCACCCCAUGCCUGUGCACGCACACAAUGUACGCGCCGGCCACCUCGACCUCACCGCAUGCACCGUCGUCGACAUGCUCCCCAGCAUCUUCGCGCCUACCUGUUCCGACUGCUCGACGCCCUUCCCCGCCCCCGGCGUCACCUCGGUGCGCGGCGAAACCACCCUCGUCAUCUGCCGCACCUGCCACCACAAAAUGACAUUCAAGCUUCCCUCGGUCAAGUUCCUGCGCGUCUCCACCGCCGCGAACGCCUCCCAUCCGCUGCUCCCCCGCCGCAAACCCCCACGCGAGAAGCUCGGCAUCACCACCGGCACCCCCUUGCCCGACACGGGCCGCUGCACGCACUACCGCAAAUCCCUGCGCUGGUUCCGCUUCAGCUGCUGCGGCAAAGUAUACCCGUGCGACCGGUGCCACGACGAGCAGAGCUCGCCGAAGCACGCAAAUGAGCACGCCAAUCGCAUGAUCUGCGGGUAUUGCUCGCGCGAACAGAACUAUCGGCCCGAGGACUGUGGUACGUGUGGGAGGGGUUUGGUGGGGAAGAAAGGCGGCGGGUUUUGGGAGGGUGGCAAGGGGACGAGGGAUAGGAUGAAGAUGAGUCGGAAGGAGCCAAGGAAGUUUAAGCGGUUGGGGGGAGGGGCGAAGAACAAGGCGAAGGAGAAUCGUUGA